CUAAAAUGGGAAAUGUAAUGGCUAUAGAUAUCGGAAUUGUUCUUGCAAGUAUCACUAUCUUCGAUAAGAAGAACAAAUUGUUCCCGAAGAAGCUUAAAGAGACUGGGAAAGCAAAAAGCAUCCUCCAGGAUAGCUCAUACUUUGAAGUUGACCAGUCAUUUUAUUCAAUCGAGCAUGGAGGUACUUUCCAUUUCGCCCAUUUUAAUAUCCAUCACUUUGAGGAUUUCCUCAAAAGCAAUGCUUUUAAUGCGAUUAUCGAAUUUGUGGAAGAAAAUAAUGAAAUUAAUGAGAAACCCAAGCUGCUCACUAAACUUGAAGAGCUUAAAAUGGUAUUUGAGGACCCGAUAGACGGAAGAAGGAGAUCAAAUUCAACACCAGUCCGGCUGAACAAACAAAAGAAAGAUUUAAAGGAAAAAGAAGAAGAGAAGACUACUUCAGACACCCCCAAGGUUGGAGGAGGCUUUCCCAGUGAUAAGGUACUAAAAUAAAAUUAUGGAUGAGUAUAAGAUGAUUAAAGAUUUUGGAGGUCUCCAGCUUCUCUGCACUGGCGGAUAUAACAACAACUUUUUGGAGUUAAUGUCUUACCUUCUCAAUGUGAAGAUAUAUAAAGUGCAUAAGUACCAAGAGUCCCUCAUAUCAGCAAUUGAUUACCAAAACACCCAUUCAAACGACUGAUUUUACAGCCUUCCUUAUAAGGACAUUAAAAAUAUUUAUGAAUUAGGAAAAGUAAAGUCAGAUCCCAAUGAGCAAGUGUAUUUCAGCAUCAAAGAAAAUUUCUAUCCCUACCUCCUCGUAAACCUUAGAUCUGGAGCUAGCUUCAUCAGAGUUGAUUCAAAAGAUGCAUAUAGGAGAUGUAUUGGGACUUCGAUAGGAGCUGGAACAUUCAUUGGGAUCACAAAACUACUUUAUAAUGCAUCAAAUCCUACCAAAUCAAUACUAAAAGGCCUAAAAGGUGACUCCAGGAAUAUAGAUAUGUCAGUAGGAGACAUAUACGGAAAAUCUUAUGGCAAAAUAGGUCUUCCUGCUGAGGUAAUAGCUUCUAGCUUUGGGAAGAUCAAGGAUUACUCAGAAGAAGAGAUUAAUGCUCUUAAUCCAGAAGAUGUAUCCCUCUCACUUCUCAACAUGAUCAUGUUCAAUACUCUCACAAUUGCGAACCUGACCGCCCAAAUUGAAGGGAUAAAGAACAUUGUCGUAAUCGGCCAUCAUAUAAAAGUAUUAGAACUCGAGCAGCUAGUUGAGAUGGGCUUCAGUUUCUUAUCAAAAGGGAAGUCUAAAGUAUUCUUCCUCAAACAUUCUUCCUACAUUGGAAGCUUAGGUGUCCUCAUCGAUCAUGGAGGAUUAGACACUUUAUAUGAAUAAAUUAAUUCGAGAGACGUCAUCUAAAUUUCA